AUGCUACCUAGUCGUUUACUAACUGUAUGUAGGGCUUGUCAAUUAUGUCAUAUGCACAUGAGAGAUCUGGUGACCCGUCAGCCCGUCCAGCGGGGAUCCCUUCAGAUCCGCUACCCGUGGCCAGCCUGUCAGCAUGUCCGCUAGCUUCGCUCUGAUUGGACCACCCACGGGCCAAGUACGCCAUCGACUUGCUAGUGGUGGUGGUGGUGGCUGCUGCUGGGCCAGUGGGCUUAACAAUGAGCGUUUGACGACGAGAGGCGAGGCGAGUCAGGACUCGGCUUACACGGGGUUUCCGAUGCGAAAUCGAGAGUUCUAUAUCGCAAUAUUGGUCAACCGGGUACUAGGUAUCCGCGCAGGAAUAACAUCGGGGCCUUACGAUGCGGGCUCUACCCUUUGCCGCCGUAGUAUCCGUGGUCGUCGGCCGGGGCGUUACGGCAUAUCUCGAUUCUAGCGAUGGAUCCGGGUCCCAGAAAGUACUUAUGCCUGGUACGGCGGGAGGACUUCGAGAUGGUUUCGAUCCUGGUAGUAUAGUCGCCAGCACCAGAGAAGAUGUGCAGAGUCCUGCGUCGUGCGCGGCUUGUGAGUCAGUCCUUUUGCAACUUAAGCUUAUAGCUGCAGCAGGCGACAACUUCUUCAUCAACUCCAUGACAGAGCUCUGCCAGCGAUCCGGCGUCCAAGACGCAGACGUCUGCGCAGGCUCCAUAGCUCUCGAGGGCCCCAUCGUCGCGCACAGCUUGCGCGGCCUUGCCAUCGGCUCCCGGACGUCGCGGCUGGUGUGCGUGGCGCUCAUGGGACUAUGCCAGCACCCCGAGGUCUUGCCGCAUAACGUCUCGUUCCCGUCACCGAAAAGGUUAACGGGUAGACCGUCGCCCAGUGGCUUGGAGCCGGUGCAGGUGGUGCAUUUCUCGGAUAUGCAUAUCGAUCCGCUGUAUGUCGAGGGCGCGAAUGCGAAUUGCACGAAGCCGAUUUGCUGCAGGGAAUACACCGACGCUGACAAACCCGGCUUCAACGACUUCCCGGCCGGGCGACACGGCGAGCACACAUGCGACUCGCCUGCCAGCCUAGAAGACAGCAUGUACGCGGCGAUCCAAGACGUCGCGCCUAACGCUGCCUUUGCUAUCUUCACCGGUGACAUCGUCGAUCAUGCCGUGUGGGAUACGUCUGAGUCGCAGAAUGCGUUCGGCAUCGAGGAUGCUUACGGACGCAUGACACGCGCCGGGUUGCACGUCUAUGGCACGGCGGGAAACCACGAGGCUUCGCCCGCGAAUUCGUUCCCGCCUACCUCUGCAAACGGCGACGAUGACACUGAAAAUGACAGCAGUAUCGCGCAAUGGUUAUACGACCUACUCUCGACGACUUGGUCCCGGUGGAUCGGACCACGGGCCGCGGCUACGACGAGGGAGUUUGGUGCAUACUCGGUGCAGCACAUUUCUAAUAGAGACGGCGUAGGGAAACUACGCGUGAUCUCGCUCAACACGAACAUGUACUACGGACACAACUACUGGCUAUACGAGGAGCCUAUGCAGAGAGACCCGAGCGGACAGCUAGCGUGGCUAGUAGGGGAGCUAGAUGCCGCGGAGAAGACGGGCGAGCGUGUGUAUAUCAUAGGACAUAUGCCUAUGGGGAGUCGGGACGCAUUCCAUGACGGAUCGAAUUAUUUUGAUCAGAUUGUGCGGCGAUAUGAGGGGACUAUCGCUGCUAUGUUCUUUGGCCACACUCAUUUCGACGAGUUCGAGCUCUCAUACGCAGACAACUCGAACAAAUCUCACUCUAACGCACUAGUAACCUCAUAUAUCGCGCCCUCCAUGACCCCAACAUCAGGACACCCCGCCUUCCGCGUCUACACCGUCGAUCCCAUCACCUUCGGCGUGCUAGACGCUACCACCUACAUCGCCAACGUGAGCGACUCGUCUUUCUCAUCUCCUUCGGGACCAAAAUGGACGAAGUACUAUUCGGCACGGGAGGCGUACGGGCCACUAGUCGGAGCAACUGAAAAGUCGGAGUCGGCCGCAGGACUGGAACUGGAAGAGCUAACUCCCGCGUUCUGGCACAACGUGACCUCAGCCUUCGAGCACAACGAAACAGCGUUCGCGGAGUACUUCGCGCAGAGGCGACGGGGGUGGGCGGUAGGGAGCUGCGACGAAAAGUGUAGACGCGCCGAGAUAUGCAAGAUGCGGGCUGCGAGAGCCGAGGAUAAUUGUAUACCGCCUGGCCUGCGGUUGAACGAUAACAAAGAGGUUGAUAGCGGCCAAGGAGAGGAAGACGAGUGCGGAGGCUCGAUUGUACGUGACACAUUGGGGAGUUUGGUUGGGAAUGUAAAUAUGCUGGAGCUGCUUGGAGAGUUGGUGGUUGCGAGGGAGUUAUUAUAGGGGUAGUUAAGCUUUUAGAAUACCUAGGUUAGAUGAAUGCUUCUUUUUCGUAUAGGCUAGUUAGGUCCCUCUCGAUAAGAAUAACUACCUGGGAAUCUUCCGUCUAGUUACCUAAUUCUCACGAUUUGUUUAACGGGUAGUUAUAGGGAGAAUAUAUAAACUUCAGCAUUA